ACCUUACUUAUUUAUACGUGUUAUACAUUUAUUUGAUAAUGGAUAGUGAAUAUAGUCAUAGAAAAUUAAGUCAUUUACGUAAAGUUUUAGAACGAUCUGGACCUUUUUGUCGUCCAGAUUUUGAACCUUCAUCAGAAUCUUUAAAAUUUUUAAUGCAAACAUGUAAAAUACUUGUAAUUGGUGCUGGUGGAUUAGGUUGUGAAUGUUUGAAAAAUUUAUCACUUAUGGGGUUCAGACAAAUGCAUAUUAUUGAUAUGGAUAUAAUUGAUUUAUCAAAUUUAAAUAGACAAUUUUUAUUUCGACACAAAGAUAUUGGUGCUUCAAAAUCAGAAACAGCAGCAAAAUUUAUAAAUGACCGUAUACCUGGCUGCAAUGUAAUACCACAUUUUUGUAAAAUUCAAGAUAAAAAUGAAGAUUUCUAUAGACAAUUUCAUAUAAUUAUUUGUGGCUUAGAUUCAAUAAUUGCAAGGAGAUGGAUUAAUGGCAUGUUAGUAUCGUUACUAAUUUAUGAAAAUGGCAUUCUAGAUCAAUCAACUGUAAUACCAUUAGUUGAUGGUGGAACAGAGGGAUUUAAAGGGAAUAUUCGAGUUGUUCUACCAGGACUAACUGCUUGCAUAGAAUGUACUCUAGAUUUAUAUCCUCCACAAAUUACUUAUCCAUUAUGCACUAUAGCAAAUACUCCGCGUUUACCAGAGCACUGCAUAGAAUAUGUUAAAGUAAUUCAAUGGCCUAAGGAAAAUCCUUUUGAUUGUUCUAUUGAUGGAGAUGAUCCACAGCAUAUAAAUUGGAUUUACGAAAAAUCUAUGGAACGAGCAGUCAAUUUUGGAAUUCAAGGAUUAACGUAUCGAUUAGUUCAAGGUGUUGUAAAAAACAUUAUACCUGCUGUUGCAUCGACAAAUGCUGUAAUUGCAUCCAUAUGUUGUACAGAAGUUUUUAAACUUGCAUCUAGUUGCAGUCCAUCGUUAAAUAAUUAUAUGAUUUUUACAAAUACAGAUGGAAUAUAUGGUUAUACUUAUGAAGCAGAAAAAAAUAUUAAUUGUUUAACGUGUAGUCAGACAAUAAAAGAAAUUGAAAUUAAAAGUAUUUAUAUUAAAUUGAAAGAUUUAAUUCAAUUAUUAUGUUCGAAAAAUGAUUUACAAAUGAAAAACCCAGGUAUUACGGCAAAUAUUUCAGGAAAAAUUAAAACUUUAUAUAUUCAAAGUGUUCCAAGUAUUGAAGAGAAAACUCGACAAAACUUAUCAAAAACACUAUUUGAUUUAGGUUUACGUGAAAAUUCCGAAAUCAUAGUAGCCGACGUUACCACUCCUAAUACAAUUAUGUUGAAAAUUAAAUUAUUAAAAAAUAGUUAAAAAAAAUGUUUUGCAAAAAGGACAGUUUUUAUUUUUAUUAAUAUCUCAUAAAAUACCUUCAUUUACCGUUUUAAAUUAUCCAACAAAUAAAUUAUUCAACUUAUACAAACAAUAUCAGUAUUUUCUACCUCAUUACAUUACUAAAUCAUAGAGUUGUAUCAUAUAAUAUAU